ACAUUGCCACGGGCAGUAAGUGAUCCGGGCCAUUUCGGGCGAGCCAGAGCAACCGUUUGCAUCCGGGCGUUCGGUGUGUAGUGUUACGUCGGCGUCGCGUCAACUAACCAAGCACAACCUGGUUGGGUUAGGUGUGUGUGGCUGUGCUGUGUGUUUGUCUGUUCGCUCUUUACCGAUCCUGCCCAAUUUCGGUACCGUGCACUGAACUUUCCAGUGGAAUCGGAAAUCUACACCCGCCGCCCCGGUCCUGGGUGGUCGCUCGAGCGAGUUUGUCUCACCCAGCCGACGACGAUGACGACGACACGGGGCCCAACAAAGAGCAACAUGCUCAGUGGGUUUCCUGCUGGAAUUCCGUACUGACUGCGCUUUGCUUUCUUCUCCAACGCGUCGUAGUUGUUUUGGGUCGCGUUUGUAAAACGGUUUGUGUAAGCUGGUGUGCCCCGUGUGUGUGUCGCAUUUCCCACAGAGCGUUCCCCGUCCGUCCUAUCAUUGGCACUGCUGGGGGUCGAUCCGGCACCGUUUAACGCAAAAUUAGGACGACGACGACGACCGGACCGAGCCAACAAACGAACGAAUUGCAGUGUCAGCCCGCGCGCGCUUGUUGUGUAACGUGUCCAUAUUUGGGCAGCGCCACACUGCGGACACCUGCGUUGUUUCGUUGCGUAUGUGUGUGUGUGUGUGUUUUUUUUUUCAGAGAGAAGAUUUUUAUCUUUUUUUCCACCGCCGGUGCGUUAAAGUUUAUCGAUGCGGUAGUCGGGGAACUGCCGGCGAGCGUUAAAUCGAGAAGCGACACCGACAACACUAUUUGCAAGCGACAAAGUGAGCAUUGGUCCAGGCGGUGUAGAAAAACCGCACCGUUUCACACACGCCUCGGGGCCAAACGAUCCUCCUUUCAGUGGUGUGGUGUGUAUGUGUGUGUGUGUGUGUGUGUGCUGUAAAAGUCGAAGCGGAUAGUGGCUGGUGGAGUAGUGCUCGCCGUCUGCUCGUGCUAGAGAGCUGCAAGCAAAUAACAAACAAGUGCGGACAGUACGUCCUCCCCCCAUCAGUGUGUGUGGUUCACGCUCCAUGGUGUGCAACAGUGUGAGAAGUGCGACAAAAAAGUGCGACGUACGUACAGCGCCUCGUCUCGUGAUUGAAUUGCGGUGCUAGCGUGUGGCAAGCCAGUGCCCUUUAGAUUACAGCAGUGCACGACUCGGCAGAAGCAGCAGCACACUACAACAACCCUUCGGCAGAUCGAAAUUUCGUGCUCGCGUGAACGAUGAAGCCAAAAACGAAAGCGCACCACUGCUAGCUAGUUCCCGUUCGCAUAUUUCAUCCGCUGACAUAGUGCCAGUCACCAGCCUGAGCUCGGAACAAGCAAGGACACCACUCAGCAUAAGACAAUUCAUUUCCGCGUGCUGCGUGUGUGAGUGUGUGUCGAUCGAGGAAGCGGGCAGAUAUUAUUCCCCGUUCUUCCCCGUUUUAAGACGACGUACUGCGUGUCAUUGCAGCUGGGAGCUUCCCGUCUUUUGCCCGCUCCUUGCACGCUGCAACUCGCACCUUCCGCGGCAACAUUUCGCCCCCACCAGUAAACGCUAGCGGUAGAGCAGUACUGUUCCACACGGCACACAGGGUUAAAUGAAAAUGUCAGACUUUGAGCGAAUAAGGCUAGUGAUUCUAGGUGGAGCCGGCGUCGGCAAAAGCUGCAUCAUAAAACGGUUCCUAUUCAAAACGUACUCCGACAAGUACCGGCCAACGGUGGAGGAUCUGUACAACCGGGAGUACGAUCUCGGCUCAGUUACGCUUAAGGUCGACAUCCUUGAUACGUCCGGCGAGAUGCAGUUUCCGGCCAUGAGGCGGCUCUCGAUUGCGACGGCCCACGCGUUCCUGCUCGUGUAUGCGACCACGUCCGAGGCCAGCCUGGGCUGCGUGAAGCAGUGCUUCGAGGAGAUACGCGAGCAGCGGGCCGACUUCCAGGACAUUCCCAUGGUAAUCGUGGGCAACAAGUACGACCUGACCGCGUCACACCGUGAGGUUCGCAUCGAGGACGUCUCCGAGUGGGUUUUCUGCGAGCUGCCGAAGCUAAAGGUAAAGGUGCUCGAGUGCUCCGCGAAGGAUGAUUACAAUAUAAUGGAAAUAUUUCGCACGUUUGUCACGCUGUCCCGCAUACUGCCGGUGAACGGUAGCGCCGAGUCCGGUUCCGGCUUGAAGCGGCGCUCGUCAGCCUACGUCAGUGCCAGCAGUAAAGCAAAGUCCAGAAUCGGCAGUCCGUCCAUAGGUGGUUGUGAAAAGCCAAAGGAUUCGUCAUCGUACCUGGCGGCAUCCACGUCCGAAGGCACGAGCAGCGGUGGGCUCGGUGGCGCCGUCGGUGGUGCUGCCGAGGUGAAGUCGAAGCCCCGGUCAAGGUCGCUCAUCCGAAGAUCGUCCCGCAAGACGAAGCAACAAAUACAGAACGCGUCCGGCGCCGAAGACUGCAACAUUCAAUGAAUUCGCUGGUGCUUCGUCGGCGGUGAACUGAUAUGGGGAGUCGGUCGGGGGUGCUGAUGCCGUUGCUCGGCACGGCUGUUAAACAGGGCUGUUAAACUUCUUGGUGAAAUAGAGGAACCCCACACAACCUCCCUCCCCCCUGCAGCGAACGUUAGCGCGAUAUGCGUAUGUGCGUGUGUCAUGUAUGUGUAACCGAACACAACACAACCAUUGCAAAUGGCGCAUGUUUUCUUGUUAUUGUUAUGGGUAGCGUUUGGUGCAAGCGUAGUGCAAGGGUUAGUUGAACCCAUAAUCCCCCCCCUCCCCUCGUCGGUAGUACUAGAUGAAACGUCCUCCCAUCUCCCUUACCCCUCAACAGUUUGGAGUAACGAUUGUGUUCCAUGUGGCACGACCGAAGCGAACGGUGAAAAAAUUAUAUUAAUUGAAUGAAAUUGCGUCUUUGGCGCUCUUCCGCUGCCUCUCCACCGUUCCGGAAUGAGAAGAGUAUGGGUGUUGUGAUUGAUGAGUAGUGAGGGAUGGGAAGGGGGGCAACAUGGCCCAACACGACCACAAAAAGACCCCGUCGAAGUAACUAACACCUCUGCAUGGGGAAGAAUAAGGUAGAAGUAGCCAGCGUUUAUAGUAGCAUGUUUUUUGGACAAUUGUUGACGUAAGCGUAUAGAGGCGCUAACAAGAACACACUAUUGAUGAAUGCACCCAGCAGGCAAUAGGAAGGGGAUAUGAUUGGCAGUGGUAUUGGUUCAGCAGGAGCUGCAGUUACUAGUGGCAGGGAAGAGAGGACCCGGAUGAUGGUACUUUUGUGGAAGGCCUGUUUCUGGAAUUAC